AAUUUCGAUCCGUUCUAAUUGUGAAGUUACCCACGUUUUAAGGUUAGAUGAUAUGUAAUUCGACCUGUAGUUUAUCCUUCCUCCCAUGAUUCCACUUUAUUUCUGUUCAUUACAUGUAAUAAAGGCGCGUGGCAGUGGUGUUUUGAUGCUGUGUGUGAUGAAUGCAAGAGGGCGUUGCUGCAAAUGAGCGCUUCAGUGUAGUUGAACACGACAAGGGAGGCUAAGACACGCAAGGGUUGACAGAGCGUCUUAUCAACGAUUACCUCAAGGCUGAAGGGUGUCCACACUGCUCACCAUGGCCCACACUGAAGGGAAGUUUGACUUUGCCAUUGACCGAGGAGGAACUUUCACAGAUGUUUUCGCUCGGCUGCCAGACGGCCGGGAGAGGGUCCUCAAACUGCUCUCCCGUGACCCCCAGAACUACAAAGACGCCCCCACCGAGGGCAUCCGCAGAGUCCUGGAGGAGGAAACUGGAUGCGCUUUUCCUCGCAACCAGCCCGUCGACACGUCUCGAAUCGGCUGGAUUCGAAUGGGUACCACGGUGGCCACCAAUGCGCUGCUGGAGAGAGAGGGGGAGAGAACGGCCCUGCUGGUUACGAAAGGCUUCAAAGAUUUGCUGCAUAUCGGAACACAGGCCAGGCCCAAGCUCUUUGACUUGGAGGUGUCUGUUCCUGAAGUGCUCUACGAGGAGGUUAUCGAGGUAGACGAGCGUGUCGUCCUGAAGCAAGACAGCUGCCAGCUACCCAGGAAGGAUCCCAAGCGUGUUGUCACAGGCAGCACCGGGGAUAGUCUGGAAGUAUGGCAGGAACUUGAUCUGGAACGUGUGGAGAAGGACCUAAAAGGAGUUCUGUCUCGUGGAAUCACCAGUCUGGCUGUGCUUCUGCUUCAUUCGUACACGUGGUCCGACCAUGAAAAAGCCGUGGGUGCCCUUGCUCGGCAACUGGGCUUCACCCAGGUGUCUCUGUCCUCCGAAGUCAUGCCCAUGGUCAGGGCGGUUCCUCGAGGUUACACUGUGUGCGCUGAUGCCUACCUCACACCCAAAAUCCGGGAGUAUCUUAAAGGCUUCACGUCUGGGUUUAAGGGUGCUUUGAAGGAUGUGGAUGUCCUGUUCAUGCAGUCCGACGGUGGUCUAACUCCCAUGCAGCAGUUUUGUGGCUCGCGCGCCAUCUUGUCUGGACCAGCCGGUGGAGUCGUGGGUUACGCUGUCACAUCUUACAACCAGAAGGAGAAGAAACCUGUCAUUGGCUUUGAUAUGGGUGGCACGUCUACCGAUGUGAGUCGUUACGCGGGCCGGUUUGAGCACGUUUUCGAAGCGACAACAGCUGGGGUCACCCUGCAAGCACCCCAGCUCGACAUCAACACCGUUGCGGCAGGCGGAGGCUCGCGACUCUUCUUCAGGUCGGGGAUGUUUGUUGUUGGACCAGAGUCUGCCGGUGCACAUCCAGGACCGGCUUGCUAUCGGAAAGGUGGGCCUCUGACUGUGACGGAUGCUAACUUAGCUCUGGGCCGCCUCCUCCCUUCCUUCUUUCCCAAGAUCUUUGGGCCCGGCGAGAACGAACCUCUGUCCCUGGAGGAGUCUAUGACGCACUUCCGGAGUCUGACCAAAGAAAUCAACCACUUCCUGUCUUCUAACCAAUCAAAAGCUGCUGCAAAUGGCUUAAACCACUCAAACAACAGCACUUUGCCCGGAAGCCAAUCUGAAAUGACUUUGGAAGACGUGGCCAUGGGAUUCCUCCGCGUGGCAAAUGAGGCCAUGUGUCGGCCAAUAAGAGCUCUCACACAGGCAAAAGGCCACGACACAUCUCAGCACGUCUUAGCGUGUUUCGGAGGUGCAGGUGGUCAACAUGCCUGUGCAAUUGCCCGAGCUCUUGGGAUGAAGAACGUCUUUAUACAUAAGUACAGUGGCGUGCUGUCAGCUUACGGUCUGGCUCUAGCGGACGUUGUGGAGGAGGUGCAAGAGCCGUGCUCCCUGCAGUACGAACGCGGCUCUUUCGGCCAGCUGGACCGUAGAGUGGAACUGCUUUCCAAACGCUGCCACGAUACACUGUGCGCACGUGGAUUCAACAGUGGCCAAAUAACCACUGAGGUUUUUCUCCACCUGCGCUAUGAGGGCACAGAUUGCGCUCUCAUGGUGACCGCAGCCGGCUUCCCUGGAAAUGAACAGACUUGUCAAGCUGGUGACUUCCGCCGUGCUUUUACUCAGAGGUAUCUAAAAGAAUUUGGAUUCACCAUCCCAGACAGGCCCAUCAUGGUAGAUGACAUCAGAGUGAGGGGCUGUGGCAAAUCGGGCAUCAAAUUGAUGUACAGGCCAAAGAAGGGACAUGGUCAGGCCAAACCUGUCACGAUGACCAAAUGCUACUUUGAGGAUGGUUAUCAUGAUACUGCUGUGUAUCUGUGGGAGGAACUUAUUUGCGGGCACACUAUCUUGGGACCGGCCGUCAUCAUUGACAAGAACAGCACCAUCCUGGUGGAGCCUUGUUGUGAGGCCUGUUUGACCGAAAGAGGCGACGUGUGCAUGACGGUCGGCUCCGACCCUCACUGUGCAGUGGGCACAGAACUCAACACGGUGCAGCUCUCCAUCUUCUCCCAUCGCUUCAUGAGCAUAGCAGAACAAAUGGGCAGAGUACUGCAAAGAACUUCCAUCUCCACCAACAUCAAGGAGCGUCUCGACUUCUCUUGUGCUGUUUUUGGACCAACUGGUGGUCUGGUGUCCAACGCGCCCCACAUUCCUGUCCAUCUAGGUGCCAUGCAGGAGACUGUCCAGUACCAGAUCAAAUCUCUGGGAGAUAAAAUAAAAGAAGGAGAUGUGAUUCUGAGUAACCACCCAUGUGCCGGCGGUAGUCAUCUUCCGGAUCUCACAGUCAUCACUCCUGUGUUUCGGAAAGGUGUUAGUGGGCCUGUGUUCUUUGUGGCCAGCAGGGGGCACCAUGCAGACAUAGGAGGCAUUACUCCUGGUUCUAUGCCCCCACACUCGACCUCUCUGCAGCAGGAGGGUGCUGUCUUUAUUUCUUUCAAACUGGUAACAGGUGGAGUCUUCCAGGAAGAAGCUGUGACGGAGGCCCUGAUGGCUCCAGCCCAAUACCCGGAAUCGUCCGGCACUCGGAACCUCCACGACAACCUGUCGGACCUGCGCGCUCAGGUGGCAGCCAACCGAAGAGGCAGUCAGCUGGUGGGGGAGUUGAUUGACUGCUAUGGCCUGGCAGUAGUUCAAGCCUACAUGGGCUACAUUCAGAGUAAUGCAGAGUUGGCAGUGAGGGACAUGCUGAGAGACUUUGCGCGUCGUCGUCGUCGACAACAGACCGGCUCCCUGGAGGUGGAGUCGGAGGAUUUCAUGGAUGACGGCACCCCGAUCCGACUGCGGGUCCAGAUUAAUGAAGAAGAGGGCACUGCUGUGUUUGACUUCACUGGGACAGGCACAGAGGUUUGGGGGAACUGCAAUGCUCCACGUGCAAUUACCCUCUCCGCUCUCAUCUACUGCCUGCGCUGCAUGGUGGGACAGGAUAUCCCCCUCAAUCAGGGCUGUCUUGCACCAAUCAAAGUCGUCAUCCCUCCAGAUUCCAUCCUGCAGCCUUCACUGGAUGCCGCUGUGGUUGGUGGGAAUGUGCUCACAUCCCAGAGAGUGGUGGAUGUCAUUUUUAAGGCAUUUGAGGUCUGCGCCGCUUCUCAGGGUUGCAUGAACAAUGUUUCAUUCGGCAACGAGAAAGUUGGUUACUAUGAGACCGUGGCUGGUGGUGCCGGGGCAGGGCCAAACUGGAAUGGGAGAAGUGGCGUUCACACACACAUGACUAACACGCGCAUCACCGACCCUGAGAUUCUGGAAAAGAGGUACCCAGUCAUUUUGGAGCAGUUUUCUUUGCGACCCGCUUCAGGAGGUGCAGGGAAGUACCGCGGAGGAGACGGUGUGAUUCGUAAGCUCUUAUUUCGGGACAAAGUGGUUCUUUCUGUAUUGAGUGAAAGGAGAUCGACGCGCCCCUAUGCCCUUGAGGGAGGUGAAGCUGGUGCGGCGGGGCUGAACCUGCUUCACAGAGCUGAUGGCAGAGUGCUCAACCUGGGUGCCAAGACCAGCGUCAGCCUUCAACCUGGGGACAUGUUCUGCCUAUGCACCCCUGGGGGUGGGGGGUAUGGGAAGGAGGAGGAAGCAGCAACUAAAGCACGGACAAAACGCAGGCGCUUGAAUGAGACUUUCCCAGAGAGGGGCAGCGUCUUUGAAUACCGCAUGGCGCAAGAAGGAGUGUGACAGAGCGGAGUAAAUACAAGUGGAAGAAAGUUGGAGUGAUGUGAAGGAGUUACAAGUUCAAAGGUGAACAAAAAUAAGAUGUAUUAAAGGCAAGAUUUUUCUCAGAAA